AGCGGAGUGAAUGCUGUCUAUGAGGAGAAAAUCAGCAAUAUUCAUCGUGAUGAUGUCUUCGAAAUGGGAGCUAAAACUGUUCUUAUUAACACAGAGUUGGCCGGAUUUGGGGAGAGCGGAGCAUUGAGUCGCUUCCUAACCUUAUUCGACAGGCGGCUUGAUCCCAUCUCCGAGAUGCCUGGACGGCUAGUAUUCGAGAAGUUGGUUGGCGGACUAUAUCAAGCUGAAGUUGUGCGACAAAUCCUUUGCGAACUCAGUAACAGAGGUCAAAUCUUCGGUGGAGUUUGGCCAGAUAAGCUGCAAGACUAUAAAAGUCUCCAUCCGAGUUUCCUAUGUAUUAUAGAACGUGACCCACCAUAUUUGUUCUAUACUACGGAAUUUCUACUCAAAGAGCAUUACGAUGUCAAAAUUCUUACAGCGGAAGACGUCUGUAUUGUUCGAUAUGUCUGUAAAGCUGUUGUUUUUCGGGCUGCAUGCAUUUGUGCUUCCGAGGUGACUCUCAAACCACUCGAGAAGGCACACAACCAAGCAUUACGACUAAUUACUGGAGGGAUAAAAUCAACACCCAUUGAUGCAAUGUUCCUAGUUACAGGAAGCAUCACAAUAGGUUCCCUUAUCAAAGAAAAGGCCUUGAUCCUGUAUGAGAAGCUACUGCGCAUUCCCAUGGACAAGUUCUUCAGCACCUAUGAGAAUGGACCAAGACAUCUGAAAACGCAAUCUGGUCUAAUACAGAAAGCCAUAGAACUGAAGAAAGCAUUACAAAUCGAUGACAAACCAAAAAGCCUCUCUCCCCCCAUGAACCCAUUAGCAGACAUUGAUGUAGUUGACACACUUGCUAAGAAGGGGACAACGAUUUUGCAAUGCAUGGAUCGGCCGAUGUCUUUCCACGCAAUGAAGGCCUUAAUCAGGAGAGAAUUCCAGACCUCAAGGUGCAACGAACUUAAAGCUCGAACAAAGGAGAAACAGUGGACAGUGGCACUCUCCGACACACCCGACUGGCCAAGAAUCGAAGCCGUUGCUGAGUUUAGACUACGUACCGGACACGAUUGCUUGGCAAAACACCUUCACAGAUUGGGAUUAUACACUCAACCCACAUGCCCUCUAUGUAUCCUACAUGAGGAAAUGGAGAAGACCCACCUGAUUCGGUGUCCAGCCCUAAAGACAAGUACGGAAAGCCAAAGAUACUGGGAAGCAAGAAGACUGCUAAUGAACUGCUAUUAA